AUGAUAAUUUACAAAUUUGCAAUGUUCCUAUUUUCAAUUUACAUUUUAUCCGAGCUGAUAGAAUGUUCGGAUAAAGGAAAAAGUAUUGCUGGCGUUGAAUCUACUGGAGAAGAAGGGGCAACGGGAAGUCAAGGUCGUAGAGGUCGAGGUAGAAGAGCGCGUGUUGAUGAACAAUCUCGUUUAAGUGGACAAAGUCAAGAUGCUUAUAUUCUAAAUCCACAGGAAUAUCCUACUGAUCAGGAGAGGUUAAAUCUUAUUCGUCAAUUGAAUCGUAGUAUAAAUAAUCGCCAAAUGGAAAGGGAAGAAUUGUUGAAAUUUAGACAGACUAUCUUGUAUUUAAAAGGUGAAGAGGAAAGAAAUGAAAGAAAGGAAUUCUUAAACACUAUGAAAGGGAUUGCUGACCGAAAUAAUGAAAAAAUUAAAAAAUUUAUGAACGAGAAAAAGGAUGAAUUCUUAAAAUAUGGGAAGAAAACAAAGAAAGUUUCAAAGCAAGCACCAAAAAAAGGAAAGGAAAUGGCAUUAACAAUUAGAGACCCUGAAGAGAUGCAGCCAAAAUAUGUUCAAGGGAAAGGAAAAUCAAUCGAAUGUAAGUGCUUAGCAGGGGGGGUCAUAUUUUAAA